UCGGGUUCGGUCCAUUUUCCCUCCUCCCAAACUCCAUGGAGGGGGAAAAAAUGAAAAAACCCAAGGAAAAAGAAGGGAAAAUGGAUUAGGGUUUGCUUUGCCUGUCAAUUUCUCGACGAGAUGAGAAAUGUUUUCUUGGUUUCUCGUAAUAUUUUCAUUUUUGGUAUGUAUGUUGUCAUUGUUGGGUUCCGAUUGAUGAUUAGAAUCUGACGAGAUGAGGAAGAAGCUCGACACGCGUUUUCCGGCGGAGUUUGUAAAAUGCUAUGAGCACCAUCGAUGGUUCCUGCGGGAAAUACUGAAGCAGAAGACUAUCUGCCGCUCCAACCCUGCUGGGGGAUCACACCGAUAUCUUAUUGACAAAAUGAAUCUACAUAAAAGACACAACAUGUAAGAAGAAAGACUACAUCGCAUCCCAGAUCGUCCUAGAUUCCUUGAAGCAGGGAUUAAGUAAGAGUUUGACAACCUCUGCUGGCAGAUUACAAGAAGAAAUGUACAAGAACCUCUUGAGGCGGCACAAAACAUAAGAAGCAAACAAAAACUGGUCUGCUCUUUCCUUACAGCGAAUGAGUCUCUUCCUCUACUCGGGAGGGCCGACUAUCACCCUCAUACCCUUCCGAACAUCUGGGAACAGAUUCAAGAUGUGAUCUAAAAUUUCUAUCCCGCCAGCAAGGCGACCUCUGCUCGAGUUGAAACUGCCCUGGCAAACCGGUUGGCCACUACUAGACUUGAUGCCAAACACCCAUGUUCAGCACUGGGGUUGAAUCCGUACAGCAGUACCAACAUCAAAGCUCUGUUGAUUAUGAGGAGGCCACGGGUCUGGGAUAAUACCUGUACACAACCAGAUCUUCCCCGUGUCCACUUUGGAAUCCUGCGGUGAGGCUGCCAUCAACAGCAUUUUCACAUCGGCACAAAUAAGUUGGCAAGGCAGGUUAGAAGCAGAAGACCAUCCAAAGUGAUGAAAUAGCAAAGAAUAGCAGAUCGUCCUUUUUCAUCACGGAUCAACAGAAGAAGGUCACGAAUAAAAAAGAUUAUGCAAGCUGAUGAAGAUGUUGGAAAGAUUGCCAUGGCAGUGCCCGUUCUAGUAUCUAAAGCAUUGGAACUUUUUCUUCACGAUCUUUGCAACCGGACAUAUGACAUAACUCUGCAAAGAGGAGCAAAGACAAUGAGUGCUUUGCAUUUGAAGCAAUGUGUUCAAACUUUUACAGUCUUUGACUUUUUGAGAGAUAUUGUAAGCAAAGUUCCAGAUUUAGGUGGUGUUGAUGCUGGAGGUGAUGAAAGGCAUACUCCAAGGAGAAGGAAAGUUGUGGAGGAUGAUGUCAAUGGCAGUGAUGAGGAGUCAAAAAGGACCAGGACUCAGGAGGGAUCCUAUGGUGGUCGAAGAGGACGAGGAAGGGGCAGAGGGAGAGGCCGAGGCCGCGGUGGUGCUCGGACAAGUGAAAGGGAGAAUGCUCACUUUGGAAAAUGUGAAGAUGAGUCAGAUCGCUCUCCUGAAAAUGUAAACAAGCACAACCCAUUUUCUAGGAAGCUACAGAGUAGAGUUGAACACAAAGAAUCAAAGGAAGACGCAUCCUGUAGCACAAGCAGCCCAGUUUUUAGAAAUUUUGACCUCAAUCUUGACCUAGAUGAACAUGGCAAUAAUCCUGCUGCUUCUACCUCUGCUUCAGCUUCCACUUCUGUUUCUGCAAUCAAACCAGAACUGAAUCACGAGGAAUACCCAGGGUGGUCAUUAUCUGAGAUGAACAAAAAUGGAAUUGAUCCUUUGCAGCUUCUACAGCUUAAUGAGCAAGCAGACGAAGAAGAGGAGGAUUAUGACACCGAAGAUGGAUGAUGACAGACAAAGACAUAGGCGAGUAGCUUUAGCUGACCAUUGCUCUCUUCUCAAAGCUGGGGAAGUAGCAAGCGGUGGGCAACACAUAUUUUCCUCACUUGAGCUCCUUCGGAAAUUGUAACAUAGCAUCUAACAUAAUAAUACUCGAACUUGUAUCUUCCAAUUAUCAAUCUUAAAAUUUCACGUGAAGCUUUGUGUAAGUUUCAUUUUCCCUUUA